AUAUAAAGAGUCAUAAAUAAUUUAAUUUUUUUGUAAUUAUUCGCGUGUUCAGGAAUUUUACAUUUCUGCAGUUCGCCUUUGUGUAUCAAUUGGAUUACACAUUAAACUUAACAGAUAGUUCUAUGUAAAUUGUAUUUACUUUAUUGAUAGAUUUGUUUAAUAAUGAAUCCAGUACAACCUAUGGGCCGUGGGGCCCUUAUCUUGCAAACUUUAAGAAGAUUAGAUGAGAAUAGGGCUGGAGUGAGUACAGAGUCAAGUGAGGAACCCCCAAAGCCUCGGGGUAGAGCAGCAUUGUUACAAAAGUUGAGGUGCUUAAAUGUUGGUAGUUUGGGACCUGUAACUUCCUCAACAGUAAGCCAAGAAGUAGUUUUAGAGCAUGAAACUGAACCUGAUAAUAGUUUACAAACAGCAAGUAUUGUAGAAAAAUUUGAUGCAGUCACACCAGUUACUUCUUACAAAGGGUCUGUUGGAAAAUCAAUUAAUAUCUCUGCAAAUUAUAUAAGGUUGACAAUUGAUCAAGACAAAGGUGCAUAUGAAUAUGACUGCACCUUUGAACCAGAUGUUGAUUCAAAGCAUGCAAGGAUUAAAAUAAUUAAUGCAAAUAUUGCAGCUUUGGGAGGUGUUAAAAUGUUUGAUGGCAGCCGUAUUCUGUAUUUACCUAUAAAAAUGAAAAACAUUAAAACUGUGUUUACAAGCCCGCAUCCACUCAGUGGUGAAAUGAUUACAUUAUCAAUUAUUUAUAAGAAAACAUUAAGAAUUGGUCAGUGCAUUCAGAUGUUCAAUGUGCUAUUCAAACGAGUGAUGUCAGCAUUAAAGUUGAGUAGAAUUGGGAGAAAUUAUUAUGACACUCCAAGUUCCAAGCUAAUUCCCCAACAUAGACUAGAAAUUUUGCCUGGUUAUGCAAUUGCAGUUGAUGAAUAUGAAGGUGGUCUAAUGGUGUGUUUGGAUACUCAGCAUAGAGUUUUAAGAACGAUUACAGUCCUGGAACAUAUGAGAGACAUACAAAGAGAAAAUAGAGAAGGAUUCAGGGAAGCACUGAAGAAAUCGUUAUUGGGUUCUGUAGUUAUAACGAAGUACAAUAACAGAACCUACGUUAUCGAUGACAUAUUGUGGGAUCUUAAUCCGCAAGGGAAAUUUAAGAAUUCCCAGGGUAAUGACAUUUCUUUCGUUGAAUAUUACGCUAAGCAGCAUGGACUACAUGUCACAGAUUUGAACCAGCCGCUCCUUCUCAAUGUUAAGAAGCGGAAGGUUAACAUGAAGGAUGAACUCAUUGAUAUGAAUAUUUGUUUAAUACCAGAGUUCUGCAAUUUGACUGGCCUAACAGAUUUCAUGCGUUCGGAUUUUAAUGUAAUGAAAGAUGUUGCUGCUUAUACUAGAAUAACUGCACACCAACGGAUGGCGGCUCUGCGAAAAUACUUGAACAAUAUUAAAAGUUGUCCAGAAGCGGUUAAAAUUUUAGGUGAUUGGGGUUUAACAUUGGCCGAUGGAACAAUCGACCUUAAUGCUCGCUUACUGCCGCCGCAGAUGAUAAUGUUCGGUAAUAACCAACCGUACCAAUGCGAUUUUAAAGCUGAUUGGAGUGGAGCGCUGUCUAAGAAUAAGGUUGUUGGGCCAAUAGAUUUAUACGAUUGGGUCAUAAUUUAUACACAGCGCGAUGCAAAGGUGGCCCAAGAAUUUGCUACAAAUAUGUGUCGUUUGGGUAGUAAUAUUGGAUGCAAUAUUACUACUCCAAAGUUGUAUUCUAUCCCGAACGAUCGCACAAAUAAUUACAUACAAGCUAUAACAAAAUUGUACAAUGACAAUGUUCAAUGUAUGGUUUUUAUAUGUCCUACGGCACGUGACGACUUGUACAGUUCGAUUAAGAAGAUGACACUAUGCCAGAAGCCUGUCGCUAGCCAAGUAAUUUUGUCAAAGAAUUUGAAUAACAUAAAGAAAGUGCGUACCGUCACUUUGAAAAUUGCUUUACAAAUUAAUUGCAAAUUGGGUGGAUCGCUUUGGAGUGUAAAAAUACCUGUCACGUCUUGGAUGGUAUGCGGAAUCGAUACGUACCAUUCUGCGGGUAGCAAGGUAUCCGUAGGUGCUUUAGUGUCAAGCACGAAUUCGAUAUUUACAUCGUAUUAUACGACUUGCAUAAGACAGGAGAAGGAACUUUCGGAUGCGCUGAAAGUGCCUUUCGCACGAUCACUGCUAAUGUAUCGACAACGUACUGGAAUCUACCCGACCCAAAUAAUUAUUUACAGGGACGGCGUCGGGGAUGGUCAAUUUGAUCACGUGAAGAGAUACGAGUUGUCGCAGUACCUCAAAGCUCUGGACGACCUAAAGAUAACUGAAACCAAGCUCUGCUUGAUUGUGGUUCAAAAAAGGUUGAACACGAGAUUAAUUUCUAAUGAUUCGGUGGGAAAUCCUCCUUCCGGGACAAUCGUUGACGAAUGUAUUAUAAGCAAGAAUAAUAGUGACUUUUAUCUAGUUCCGCAAAAUGUUAACCAGGGGACCGCAACUCCUUGCCAUUAUACCGUCCUCUACGACGAUGCGAAAUUGAAACCUGAUCAUGUACAAAUGUUAACGUAUAAGCUUUGUCAUAUGUACUACAAUUGGUCUGGAACCAUAAAAGUACCUGCACCUUGUCAGUAUGCUCACAAAGCCGCUUGGCUUAUCGGGCAAUACUUGGGUAAGGACCCGAACGAAGUACUCAAUGAUAAAUUGUAUUACUUGUAAAUUUUCUUCGAAAUCUUACGACCUACCAAAUACUAUAUAAGGCAUUCACAUUUACGUUACGUUUUUAUAAGUAUUGUUUUGUUUUUCUUGUUCCAUUAUUAUGAUAUAGUUUAUUUGUAUUACUUAUUUUUAUACAUUU